AUGAAUAAAGAAAAAUGUAAACUUGUCGAAAAGUCUACUAGAACUCAAAGCAACUCAGGUAUUUGGUACGAAAUGCGAUAUGGACGUGUGACCGCUUCGAAAUCCCACCAAGCUGCACAGUGUCACACAUGUGAUGGUACUCUUGUAGAGGAAAUAUUUGGCGCCAAACUUGUAGUCGAAACCGAAGCUAUGAAAAGAGGGAAGCUGAUAGAAAACAGCGUCAAGAAAGAAGUGGAGAAACAAAAAAAAAUUUUCAUCCAACCCUCUAGGCUUUUUCUUGAUGGAACCUAUCCAUUUUUUGGAGCGUCACCUGAUGGGAUUACAGACACUCACGUGAUUGAGAUUAAGUGUCCAUCAAAAAAAGGAGCAUUCAGUCAGUAUUACAAGAAUGGACUCAUAGGGAAAAAAUGUUUAGCUCAAAUACAGACACAAAUGCUUCUAACGGGAAAAUUUUUCAAUUUGAAUCUCUAA